UACUAAUCACUAAGGCUUUGAGUUGCAGAGGUCCCUUCGAGUGCGCGUUUUAUGCAGAUAUUAUGCGCGAGUCCUCUGGCGAUCUUGGAGUUUCCUCCAUUCUACUUCCUUCUCGACUCCCCCGCGUUCGGCUAAGCACUACAUGCCUGAGCCUGACCCCAGUGAAUUUGUGAUCCGUGGCAUGGUGUUAAUAUUUGAAUAAUAUUAUUGUCUUGUGUUCGCGAGUGCUGUGCGUUGGGUUGUUUUGUUGUCCAGUAUCGAUGCUAGAUGUGUGCGCUCGAUCUUGCGUGCAGCGGAGUUUAGUGAAAAGGUGGGGAGUGUAAUAAAAAUAGUAGGAGUCACGGAGAAAGGUCGAAAUCUGGAUUACACGGACGAAGAUCCGGGAAUCGCGGACAAGAUUGUGCCGGUUCAAAAAGGAGGACGCACGGACGGAGAUGGCAUGAGGGAGGGCUGUGGCAACGUUGCCGAGGUGUUACCAGUGGGCGGGGGCGGUGCCGUGCUGGUGCUUAGCGAACUUGAAAGCAUGGCGGCAAGGCAGCAACGCGAAAUCGCUCAACAACGUCGUCUCCUAGAACAGCGUGAAGCUCGACUUGCUGUCCUUCGAGGUGCUCAGGAGCCGGCGCAACAAGACAGACUGGCACGGCUUAGACAUCGGUUAGAUCAGCAGCAGAGUAAAUUAAACCGUCUACGACUUCUCAGAUCUCAGACUGACGCUUCACGUGCGAACAAUGCCACCCUUACUUCUGACCUGGACUGCAUAAGAGCUUUAUUUAAUGAAAAAGAGAAGGAACUUUCACUAGCUGUGGCAAAGGUUGAAGAGCUUACACGACAGUUGGAGGAGCUUAGAGGUCGACACAAUGGAGGGACCAAUCAAAAUUCAAGUGGUCAUCUUGGAACUCCUGCAAGUGCCGAACUUGAAAAACUCAGGAGAGAGUUGUUAUAUCGGAAUAAAAUGAAUGAACAACAAAACCAAGUAGUCUCGCAACAGCGUCUUGCAUUAGCACAACGUCAAGCAGAGAUGGCAUCGAUUGACGCUAGAAUAGCUCAACUCCAGGGUCGCUUACAACGUAAGCGAGCUCUCAAUCAGCGCUUAAGCCAGCAACUCGCUCAACAAAAUUCGGUUAUGAUUGACAACAAUAUCAUACGAUCUACGAAUAACUACACUAUUGAUGGAACAGGUUCGAACAAUGGCACAACUGGUAAUAGUAGUAGUUCUAAAUUAGAUUUCAGUACCACGGGUUUAGGUAAACCUAGACCAACUGGAAAUAUUGCUGCAAUAGAACCGUAUUCACACAUACCAAAUGAUAAUGACUUCAGCUUAAACAAAAAUGAUCCGAAGUACCAAACAUUACCAUACAAUACGAAGUUCACAGUGAAUUUUAAAGCGAGUGAUGACGAUGUUAACAAAAAUAAAAUACAGCACAGUGCAAGUGCAUCACAAAUUGGACAGAGAGCUACAAAUUUCCAACAGUUUGGUCAUCAAAUUGUACAUAGUCAAUCACAAUCACAUAUUCAAGGUCAAUCACAACCAUUAAACACCAAUCAAACACAGCAACUGAUCAAUUCGCCAAACCAACAAAAUCCUCAAGUUUUAAAUAAUAACAACAACAACAACAACAAUAAUAAUAAUAAUAAUAAUAAUAAUAAUAAUAAUAACAACAACAACGUUAAUAACAACUUAAAUAACAACAAUAACAACAAUACAACAAAUCACAAUUUCCAGACUGAAAGUAAUCAAAGUGCCACUCAAAAUAUUCGAUUACUUGCACAUCAACAACAAAAACAACAUAAUUCGACGUGCUUAUCAUCAUCAAACUUGUCUGUAAAUAACCAGAGUGGACAAAAUCAUAGAAAUGUUCAGACACAUCAAAAACCUGUAUCCAGUGUUGCACCAAGCUUUCCUGUGAAAUCACCCAUUUAUCAAACCUCCUCGAUGAAAAUUCAUCCAGUAAUGCCACAAACCUUAAGUCUGAUUGGUAGAGGACAUCCUGCAGCUCAAAGUUUCACUAGUAAUAAUAGUAUCGUUUCAAAUCCAAAUAAUAGAGGAGUAGAACCCCAACAGCAGCUGCAGCAACAUGCGCGUUUUGAACAAAAUUUCGUAGGGAAGUUCGAACAACAUGGUCAGUUAUCUGCCAAUACUAAACACGAGCAAACAUCAAAAUUACAGCAGCAAUUCGAGCAUAAUUCUCAAACUUUCAAAUAUGACUCACAGCAAUUUAAAUCUGAGCAAAAUCAAACUAAGUUUGAUCACGUAACUUCCAGGUAUGAACAGCAAUUACAGUUACAUGAUCAUACUACUAAAUUUGAACCUCCAAGUAAAUUACCAGAUAAACCCUUUGAGUAUGAAAGAAAUAUUUCAAACACUAUUGGAGAUUCAAAAUUAGAAUCCGAUAAAAUGAAGCCAGCACUACCCCCGAAACCGAGUAAGCCUAACCCACCACCGCGUCUAACUCAGCAUCAUGACAAACUUGAUGUCAAUACCGAAAGUAUUGAAGGUCAAUCCAACGUAUCUUUACCUUCAAGAGUGGAAAAGGAAGAAGAUUUAAUUCCACCAAUUCCGAAAUCAGAACCUCCCGAAUCUCCAACAGAUUCUCAAUUGAACGGACAGCAGCAGCAAUUACUACAUCAGGUAAUUAAGGCUCGUCCAUUAAGCUUGAAAAAAGUACCGCUUUCAGAGCAACCAAAACUUCGUUACGCAAAAUCAAACGUUCAUGUAUCGAUAAAUCGACGUAUUGAGAUGCCUCCCGCCUUUCUUUUUCCUGAGACUGAAAUUCCUGCGGAUCUCAUGCAAACUGAACAACAACAGCAGCAACAACAGCAGCAACAGCAACAGCAACAGCAACCAACUGAUGUCACAGACAGCAAUUCUAUAAAAAGACUGAUUAUUAAUCCGGUUGCUGAUGAUGAAGUUGUCUGUAACGAAAAUCUAGAGGACUCGGACAUCGUUGAUGCUCUCAAUAUCAUUAAUGCUGAAAAUCACAAACUACAAUCUGAAACGAUUGAAAUAGAUGUUGCUAAAUUAGCUACAGAUGUAAUAAGACGUAAAAAAGGAAAUCUUAAAUCUACAACAGGCAAAGUGAAUCUUUCAAGGAGAGUCAGUUUUGAUCCACUUGCAUUAUUGCUUGAUGCUAGCCUUGAAGGAGAGCUAGAACUCGUAAAGAAAACAGCGAAUGAAGUAGCUAAUCCAAGCUCAGCCAAUGAUGAAGGUAUUACUGCUCUUCAUAAUGCUAUUUGCGCUGGACAUCUCGAAAUUGUCAAAUUCCUGGUCGAAUUCGGAUGCGAUGUCAAUGCUCAAGAUAGCGAUGGAUGGACACCUUUACACUGUGCUGCAAGUUGCAAUAAUUUAGCAAUGGUACGAUUUUUAGUAGAGCAUGGUGCAUGUAUUUUUGCUACGACACUUUCAGAUCAUGAAACUGCAGCAGAAAAAUGUGAAGAAGAUGAGGAAGGUUUUGACGGAUGUUCCGAAUAUUUGUAUAGUGUUCAAGAAAAACUUGGUAUUAUGAAUAAUGGACAGGUAUUUCCUGUGUUCGAUUAUGAUGCUCAACACAACGAUGAACUUUCCUUAAAAAUUGGUGAUUCUUUAGUAAUAUUACGAAAAGGUGAUGAUAAUGAGAGAGAAUGGUGGUGGAGCAAGUUAGGACAUCGAGAAGGCUAUGUUCCUCGAAACUUACUAGGUUUAUAUCCAAGAGUGCAACCAACAAAAUCAGACUGAGAAAAAUAUUAUAAUUACAAGUUUUACAUCAAUCAAAUAUUUAUUACCACAGUAUUCUAUU